AGAAACGGUGGAAGGGAAGGGAAGGAGGCGGAAGGGAGUGGAGUGCGCGGUUAUCCGGGCGGCCAUUGCGAGGUACUUUGUACGUUGAAGCCGCGAGCGCGAUCCCGAGUGUCGUGCGACACCCAAGCGAAGGAAUCCAGGCGGAUCGACAGUCAUCCUCGUGAUAAGGUGCUCCGUGUGAAGCCCGGGACGCGCACUAAGACUCCGGCCCGAUGGCUGAGACCGACAAGUUGAACAUCGACAACAUCAUAGCUCGGCUCUUGGAAGUACGAGGAGCAAGACCAGGCAAAAAUGUUCAGUUGACAGAAGUAGAGAUUAGAGGAUUGUGUCUCAAGUCACGUGAAAUUUUUCUAUCACAACCCAUUCUUUUAGAGCUUGAAGCACCAUUGAAGAUAUGUGGUGAUAUUCAUGGGCAAUACUACGACUUGUUGCGAUUAUUUGAAUAUGGUGGUUUCCCGCCCGAGAGCAACUAUCUUUUUCUAGGAGAUUAUGUCGAUAGAGGGAAACAAUCUUUAGAAACUAUCUGUCUCCUUCUUGCCUAUAAGAUCAAAUAUCCAGAAAAUUUUUUUUUAUUGAGAGGAAAUCAUGAAUGUGCAUCCAUCAAUAGGAUAUAUGGAUUUUAUGAUGAGUGUAAACGUCGUUACAACAUUAAAUUAUGGAAAACGUUCACCGAUUGCUUUAACUGCCUGCCAGUUGCUGCGAUAGUAGACGAAAAGAUUUUUUGCUGUCAUGGAGGCUUGAGUCCGGAUCUGCAGAGCAUGGAACAGAUUAGACGUAUCAUGAGACCGACCGAUGUACCUGAUCAAGGAUUGCUCUGUGAUUUAUUAUGGUCUGAUCCUGAUAAAGACACUAUGGGUUGGGGCGAAAACGAUCGUGGUGUAUCGUUUACAUUUGGCGCAGAAGUCGUUGCCAAAUUUUUACACAAACAUGACUUUGAUCUUAUAUGUCGUGCACAUCAGGUGGUGGAAGAUGGUUACGAAUUCUUUGCCAAACGGCAGUUGGUGACAUUAUUCUCGGCUCCAAAUUACUGCGGCGAAUUUGACAAUGCAGGUGCCAUGAUGUCGGUGGACGAGACUCUCAUGUGCAGUUUUCAGAUUUUAAAACCAGCUGAUAAGAGGAAAUUUACUUACGGUGGUUUGAAUGCGGGACGGCCGGUGACGCCACCGCGAGGCGCAAACAACAAAAAUAAGAAGAAGUGAAAUCCUUAGACUUGUCUUUUCGAAUGGGACGCUUAGGAUUUUACAACUGCUACUUCCCGACCCACCAUCUAUUAAGACGCUACGUCCUUGUAAGAAAGAGUGAGAGAAAGAGAGAGAGAGAGCGAGCGAGAGAGAGAGAGAAGAGUUAUAAUAAUAAUUAUUAUUAUAAUUAUAUUAUUAUAUUAUUAUUUUCGAUUGACUACGAAGCCUGCAGAAAUAGUAAUAAUGAAUAUAUUUAUCAGAAAAUCCGGAGGGGCGUUGCUUUUCACAGAGUUUGUCGAAAGUAGUAAGUGAUAUAGUAUGUUUGUAGUUAAAUGUGUUAUUGUAUAAAACAAAAUAGUAGAGAACUUGAUCUAUCGACGAUAAGAUUAGAAAAGAUUGUGUGGGGUUGCCAACAACAUUCUUAACAAUUGCAAAGUUGAAAAGUAAGAAGCCAAAUGGCAGCAAAAACAAAACUUUUACUGUAAUUCGUCUUUCGCAUUCGUAAAUCUCGUAAUGUGUCUUGAUUCAUUUUUCAUCUACAUUUAUUCAUCAGUGUUGUCAGCAUCUAAUUUGCCAAGAAGACAAGACCUCUUUCAAUCACUUCGCGCUGUAACGAAAAUCGACAUGAUAAUUAUAUGUAUUGCAAUGUCACAUACACAUACAUACAUACAUGCUGCUCUCACUUCAUUUCAUUAUGUAAGUAUGCUAUUAAUGAAGAUAUAUCGAUAUACAAGUAAUAACUAGAGCGAUUGCCUAGACUUAAUUCUUUAAAAUAUAAUAGAUAUUUAUAUAGCUCGAUACUUCUGUAAGUUGCACAAAUUUGUAAACGACUUCUAUUACAUCAUACGUACUUUUAUAAAUAUACAUUUAUAUAUGAAUUGUGAAAUACAGAAAGAAAUAGAUGGUCAGAAAAAAAGACAGAAACAAAUUUUGUUCAAAGCAAGUGUUGAAGCGUUUAAUGAACCUUUAAUGUGUACAUUUUUGUCUCAUGACGAACGAAAACAAGUACUUGUAUUGCGAUUAUUAUGGCAGCAAGGCUUCUCUGGAUUAAUUAAUAUCAACGACACUAUAUAGUAUCUGUAAACGCGGGAGAAUUAAUCGUGUGAUUAAUAAAUACAUGCGAGCGCACAUUGGUUUCACUAUGAUAGGCGUCUAAUUAUGAAAUAAUACAAAAAGAAAGAAGCGUGCCCAUUUACGGUCGAGGAUUUUCCACCUCCCGAUCGAGACAGUCCUGUGUGAAUCGAAUCAUUACUAUUGUUAACAUUAUUCAUCUUCCUCGCUUUCCACAUUCAUUUUAUUUAGUUUCCCCACAUAUAUCCCUAUCUUCAGCCUUUCCAUUAGCCAAUGCACAGAGCACAGAUCCAUCCUCGAUAAUAUAGAAAAGAAAAGAAAAAAAAAACAAUAUUUACGAAAAAAACCACGACGUGAGGAUCUUACGGGAUCUUGAGACCGAUCAUGUUAACCUCCUCUCUUCAUACUUGUACACACAUUAAUUUCUUUUUAUAAAUAAAAUUCACAUAAAAACAUCCGUCAUCUCUUCAAUCGAUACAUAUAUAUCCAUCAUCCCAUGGCGAUUUCCAAUAUGUAAGAUCGGACAGAAUUCAAUCCCGUUUAUUCCAAUUUAUAUGAGGCGAGCGUAACGUAUCUCAAUUUUAUCCCGCGAAUAUCUCGUAUGUAUGUAAAAUGUAUAAGAGAAAUGCGCGAUCAGGCACUAUAUAUGAUACUUAGAAUAAUAACGCAAACGUCCGUAACGCAUUCAUAUUCUUCACACGUCUAUGUAAAUAUCCGCUCAUCUCAAAGACACAUUUAUUCGAAGUUUUUUCUUAUUAACCGUACUAUAUUUAGAUAGAUACGUGAUCGUUCCGGCGGCUGUAAUUUUAUCUGCGUCGUAUUAAGAGAGGUACAUAUAUACGUACAAAAGGGCUAAGCCGAUAACACCAAUUAUCAUCUCGUCUUAUUAAGCUCCUUGCGACGCACUUUCAUUAUCGCUCAUGAUCUUCGGAAGUUUAAAUACAGUGUGAACGAUAUUGAUAUGAUUAAAUUUUGAAUUGAACUUUUUACUUAUUGAUACGAUCAAUAAGUAGAAGAUCUAUUCUAGUUGUACCUUUUGCGUUUAAAAAAUAAUAAGUAUAUAUUUUAGAGCAAAGAAAAAGAGAGAGAGUAGAUUAAAUUAGAAAGACAUUAUAGAAAACAUGAAACAAACAGAAAUUAUAAUUGAUUUAUGAUCAGUAACGUGUAUCAAUCACUAUCUUCUUCACGCAAUUUUCUGAUAUAUUCAAAGCGGAAAAAUAUAUUAAUUAAAAAUCUUUAUUAUACAAGGCUUAUUGUAGAUGUAAAUUGCAAAUAUAGUCAAACACAAAAU